GAAACCCUAGCAUUUAAAAUCUGAUGUCUAAACUGUCUUAUUAUGUGUUUUGUUGACUAUUACAAGUUUUAACUGUGAGUCUCUUAAUUCCGUUUUUACAACAAGUUAUACAAUAGCCGCCAAACAUGAAUACCAGUUCAUUAAUGGAUCAAACGAUGACUAGUACAAGAUUGCCGGUCCAAAAAAUGGAUCUGGCAGCCAGAAAUGUUAACAAAUCAUUAAAUGUGGAUUGUUCCGCGCCUCGGUUAAUUGACCAAAUGAAUGUUAACCUACAAUGUGGACCAACAGCCAGUGGGCUUAUCGACAAUGAUUAUCCUCUAUUAACUGGAAUACCUUAUGCCUUAAACAGCAUGACACAAAUUAAAACUGUCAGUAAUGUGCCUUUACCACCUGAAAUUAUUGACCACUUUAAUCACAUUCAGUGCCAUUGUAUGAUGGGUUUGUUUCCAGAAAUUAACAGGGCUUGGUUGACUGUAGACAGUGAUAUUUAUGUGUGGACUUAUGAAGAAAAUUCAGAUUUGGCAUAUUAUGAUGGUAUAAAUGAGACAAUUUUGAGUGUGGGGUUAGUCAAACCCAAACCUGGAGUGUUUCAUAAUUUUAUUAAAUACCUCCUAGUUCUAACAACUGCUGUCGAUAUUGUUGUUUUGGGUGUAACUUUUACUGAAACUACAAAUGGUUCUGAGGAUGAAAUUCAACUGAUACCAGAUCCAGUGUUCACUAUACCCACAGAUGGGGCCACUAUUUCCACAGUAAUGGGCACUGAUACGGGUAGGCUGUUCUUGGGAUCAAAAGAAGGAAAUCUGUAUGAAAUAUCUUAUCAGGCUGAAAGUGGCUGGUUUGGAAAAAGAUGCAAAAAGGUAAACCUUUCAACCAGCACUCUCUCAUUUUUGGUACCCUCAUUUUUAAAUGCAGCACUGAGUGAGGAAGAUGGGAUCACACAAAUUGCAGUGGAUAAUAGCAGACAUAUUUUGUACACAUUAACAGAAAAGGGGUCCAUUGAAGUAUGUGAUUUGGGGGAACAAGGAAACACAUUUUCAAGAAUCACCAAAUUAAGUCAAAGUUCACUAGUAUCUAUGGCUAUGUCAACAGUUAAGACAUUGGAUAGUCAGAACUUCAGGCCAAUUAUCAGCAUCUCUGCAGUGGAAGCUAGUGACUCUGGUAAUAUCAAUUUAGUAGCAGUAUCCCAAACAGGGGUACGCUUCUAUUUAUCAGUGGUUAGCAUAUCCAAUCAACAGCCAAAUCAAAGACCUUAUACCCUGACUCUACUUCAUGUUCGUUUGCCGCCCGGCUAUUCAGCCAACAUAACUGUGAGACCGAGGGCGGUGCACAUGUCCAACUAUCGAGACAGGAAUUGUGUACUAAUUUCGACCGUAAAAGAGAAAGACGUACUUUGGUGUCUUAGUUCAGAUUUGUUUCCAUUUAGUUCUAGUUUGAUGGAAGCUUACACAACUAUUAACUUAGAUGGACCUGUUCUUGCAGUUUCAGAGGUAAGACAUAACAAUCCUUUGUUUGAUAACUUUGUGGAGGCACCACCUCUUGUCGUCCGUCAACACUUCGAGGCUCCUAAAAAAUACGUUGUGCUCACAUCACAUGGUAUGCACAUACUCAUCAAACUGCGUCCAGUAGAUCUUCUACGACAGAUCUUGAGAGACAGUCACGGACACAACUCAAAUGCCCUCAAGGCGUUCUUCACUAUCCUAAAAGAGGACCAAGCCUGCGCCACCAGUCUUAUUUUGGCUUCAUUAGAAAACGAUGGUAACAUGGAGAUAGCUGAUAACGCAACUAGGGCAUUUUUUACCUUUGGUGGUGAACCCAAAGUCGCGCCGAAAAUGAAUGAAACCAACAUGUUUGCAGGUUCGUCAAUUUUUUCCCCGAAUAUUAUCUCGACACCAGCUACCAACUAUCAGCAGAACUUAUUCGCACCCAAAUCUUCUAAUAUGUCACAAACCAUGUCACCACAUUCCACCAGUUUUGAUAUGACCUGCCCAUUCCAAUUUUCCUCUAAACACAAUGGACUGUAUUUGUAUCUGGGUAGAAUCCUUCGUCCCAUCUGGAAUAGGCGGUGCGUCGACAAAGUCUGCAUCGAUGGAAAAAAUAUUACUAACGUGAGCACGAUAUCAAUUAUGGACUGCGCCAUGAUCCUGAACAACCUCUCUGCCCUUCACAACUUCAUCCUGCAAAACACCCAGCUGGCGUUGUUCAACGCGUCUUCUACCGGUAACAAGUCGAUGAACGUGAACCGUAUGAACGUUACUGUUAACGAUGCCCAGGUCGAGGAACGACAGAGCCUUGAAGCCCUCAAAGUCUUCGUGGGCCAAUGCUGUCAGAUUCUUGGCCUCUGGCGCAUCCUGUGCGAGCAUCAGUUCCACGAUCUGAUCGGCUCGUUGCCCGAGAACCAUCAGCUAGUGUUGCAACAAACCACGUUCCAGGAGUUAUUCAUUCACAGACACGAUGUCUGCUCGAUGUUGAUCGGCACGCUAGUCAACAGCUACCUGGGCGACAACGCGUCCGUCGAUUCGAUCAGUAACAAGCUGCGGGAGGUGUGUCCUCAGCUGUACAAAACUGAAGACGCGGCUUUCUCAAAAGCAAAUGAGAUCUUGAAAAUGUCUAGAACAGUACAAAAUACGGAUGAAAAAGAGGAAAUGCUCCUGUCCGCCCUUCAACUGUGCAAAUCUCUUGGAUCCAACAUCAAUUUUAGCGAAAUUGCCAGGCAAUUUACGUCGCUUAAAGCUUAUAAAGCCGUUAUCGAAUUGUGUCACUAUUACGCUCAAAAAAUUGAUCCCGAUGGUAUUGCCGAACACUACUACAAUAACGAAGAUAACAGCGGCGACCGCCAGGGCUACAACUUUUACCAUAAACGAAUGGAUAUUUAUAGAGAAAUACUGGCGAUGUUGGAUACAAUAUACUUUGAGCAGAAUGAAGGACAUCCGCCUACGUUAUGCGACGAACAUAACUUAGAUUCAGUGACUAAGAUAGUAAUUAGCCAAAUAUUGGAUUAUCCUGAUGUCAUCAUGCAUGUUGCUCUUUAUGAAUGGAUGGUGUCAAAGAACAUGACUAGCGAUUUGAUCAAGAUCAAUCAGCCCUCAUUAGAAACCUACUUGAAACGUGCCUCCAAAAAUGAGGAAAAUAACGUCCCCGUCAUGAAUUUAUUAUGGAAGUAUUAUGAAAGCAACGGCAAUCAUGCUGCUGCAGCCAAAAUUCUGCACAACCUCGCCUGCCAGAUAGGUUCGACUGUAACGUUGAGGGAAAGACUGACUUACUUAGCACGAGCGAUUAUGUGCAUGAGAAGCGACAAAGUGGGAUAUGCACCAUGUCUAGGGGUAUUUUUAAGAGAUUUGGAAGACAAAAUGGAAGUAGCUAAGGUGCAAGAACAAAUAUUAAACGCCAUUAUAAACCUUGAAGGUUCUCAUCCAAGAGCUCAAGAAGCUAUAAACGCAUUAAACUCAGGUUUAUACGAAAUAUCCCAGCUGUAUGCAGAAUUUGCUGAACCAAUGGAACUUUUAGAGUGCCAGUUAGCUAUUAUGGAUUGUGCAGGACACACGGAUAACGUAAUGAUCGAACACAUUUGGCGUCAGAUUUUGGCAAACGAAUUGCGAAGAAGCAGUGGUAGUGGUACAGAUAGAAUGGCCCAAGUCAUGACUAAAGUCAAACAGUUGGCCAGACAAUAUUCUAAUUCAAACACUUGUUUCCCUAUUGAUAAUAUUGUAUAUGAAUUGGAGUUGCUUAAUGCUAAACUGGGUGGCGACAAAUACAUUGUGCCCCAAACAUUAGCCAAUAUCAAUGUACCAUUUGAAAAACUAAUUAGUGUGUACAAUAAUUUGAUCAGUUUUGCGGCCAACGACCAAGAAUGGCAAAAAGAGGAAAACGAAUUUCAUCUAUCUGAAGCUACAGCUGCUCUAAUAUGCUCAUUUUUAAAUGAUCAUGAUUCAUAUAGCAGUGUAGAAAAGAGACGAAUCACCUCACUGUGUCAAGACACUGUUGCGACUUUAUUUUCAAUUCUUUAUAGUAAACCAAACUCUGAUCAUCUGAUAAACCAAUUAAGAAGUAUAAAGGCUCAAUUGGCUAGAAUUUAAACUAAAUUUAAGAUUGAAUGAAACUUACAAUUGCAUUUUAUUUAGUUAUAAUAUUGUAUAUUUACCUAUAUUGAAUUUUGUCAUGUUUUAAUAUUUUCAAAAUACAUUGUGCUAGAUGAGAAGAAA